GGGCGACAGAUUAAAAUGGGACACCCUGUAUAUCAGAGGGCGCUACUAACCUUACCCCGUCUGUCGUCCGCGAACCAAACGGACCAUGCGUGCAACAUGGCGACCGGCAAGGGGCUGGCUGGCAUUUUUCUGCCGAGAACCAUCGGUCUGAUCGGGAACAAGCAGCUGAAAUUCUCGUGCAAUGUCUUGCAACGGGGCGACGCGUCCCGGCGACACGUGGCGACCGUCGCGUCAACUGUCAGCUGUCCGAGUCGCGACAGAGCGGAAAAAAGUAACUUAGGAAGGAUAAUACAGCCGCAUAGAGCCAUACAUUUAACAAAUAGAUUGUUGAAACGCAACUAUUAUGAGAUCCUGGGUGUCGCCAAGAAUGCAUCAGCCAAAGACAUAAAAAAGGCGUAUUAUCAGUUAGCUAAGAAAUAUCAUCCUGAUACGAAUAAAGGAGAUCCAGAUGCUAGUAGAAAGUUUCAAGAGGUUUCAGAGGCUUAUGAAGUAUUGAGCGAUGAUAUUAAGAGGAAGGAAUUUGAUACUUGGGGUGCAACCUCCGAGCAAAUGGGGAUGGGAAUGGGCCAGGGUGAAAGGCCCAAGAGUUACAGUCAACACUGGCAAUAUAGAUCGACUAUCAAUGCCGAGGAAUUGUUUAGAAAAAUAUUUGGCGAUGUUGGAUAUCAAAGUGGAGCCUUCAACGACUUUGAAGAUUUUGCAGAGACAACGUAUGGUUACGGAGCAGCUCAAGAGGUGAUAAUGAAUUUAACGUUUUCCCAAGCUGCCAGAGGUGUGAAUAAGGAUAUCGAUAUAAAUGUAGUGGACUUUUGCCCGAAGUGCCGUGGCUCGCGUUGCGAGAUUGGAACGAAACCCAUAAAGUGUCAGCAUUGCAAUGGCACAGGAGUAGAGACAAUAAGCACUGGUCCUUUUGUAAUGAGCUCAACUUGUCGAUACUGUCUAGGCACAAAAAUACACAUCAAGUUUCCUUGCACAGAAUGUGCAGCAAAAGGACAAACGGUGCAACGUAAGAGAGUGACAGUGCCGGUUCCCGCCGGAGUGGAGGAUGGUCAAACGAUUCGUAUGCCAGUCGGCAAUAAGGAGAUAUUCGUGACAUUCCGUGUAGAAAAGUCCCGGUAUUUUCGCCGCGACGGCCCAGACGUCCACACGGACGCGGGAGUCUCGUUGGCCCAGGCUGUGCUAGGUGGUACGAUACGAGUAGAGGGCGUAUACGAGGAUCAGACUAUCCAAGUAACACCGGGCACGUCGUCCCAUACGCGAAUUCGUUUGACCGGCAAAGGAUUAAAAAAGGUCAACGGAAUUGGCUACGGCGAUCAUUAUGUAAACGUUAAAGUCUUGGUGCCUAAACAAUUGACAGAUAAGCAGCGAGCGUUGCUUCAAGCGUACGCCGAGCUUGAGACCGAUACCCCUGGCAGUAUAUACGGUGUAACAUUUAAAACAGACGGUACAAAAGAGAGUUACUCAGGUCCGCUGCACUUGGUGGAAUCUAUACGAAUAGCACUGGGAAAUAUGCCUAAUCACGAAAAACAAUCUUUAUUAUCCGAGGCCGAGCAUCCGGGAGACAAACCACUAAAGAGAUCCGUAAAUACCAAAGACGCCGACAGCAAAAGUGACACUAAUGCUGAAAUGCGACGACGGAAAAUGCCCCAGAUGUAAUCGCGUAAUAUCUAAAGCAAUCUAUAAAGGUCUAAAAGAUCUGCUGUUCAUUGGUAAUAAAUACAAAAAUAUCGCAUACGCGCUAGCAUUAUCAAUUACAAAUGAGAAUCGUAGAGGGCAUAUAGGUAUUACUAUCGUGUACACUUUUAAUCAAGUUGAAUAGAAUAAACAUAAGGACCUGAAUUCGUUACAAGCGUGAAUAAGUGAGACCAGCCUGGUGUUGCUCUGAUAUUCUAGUUGUACAGUUGUAUCGUAGCGUACAAAUUUGUCUUUAUUUGUUACAUCUUAUUUAAAUAAAGUGUACAUGGAGAUACAAGUAUACAAAUCUAUCCAUUUCAAUCGUAA